CUUUCGUGUACGAUUUUACAAAAUUUAUAAAUAUUAAACAGAUUGAGUAAAUAUGUCGGCUUACGCCAAAAAAUUAUUGAAGAAAGGUGCUGUAAAUCAAAGUAUAGUUACAUUAAUUGGAAAUAGCACUUCAGAAGACGAAAAUGAAAAAUAUUAUUUUCAUAAAAUUAUGGUGUAUGAUUGGGAUAAUAAUGAUUACUUGUUAUAUGAGGCGAUAAGUGAAUACUUUUCAGUUUCUUUUGUACCAGUAAAUUUUUCAUCUACCAAUGCUGUUACAACAUUCUAUACAAGUAGUUUGGCUUUGGUCUUAAAAAUUAUUAAUUUAGGUUUUAUAUUUCCUAAUCAAAGAAAACUAAUAAACAUUGAGAUUUUAUUAAAUGACAAGACGUCUUUACAAUUAUUUGGCAGUAAAACAACUCUGGAAGACAUCGUGACUGGAGUUGUUAGCAACAGAUUUAAACCAAAUUAUGAACUAGAUCUAUCCAAUUUUUGUAAUGAUGAAGAAUUUCUGCAACACAAAAUUCAUUUUUAUAAGAUUUCUCUGUUGGCAAAUUUUAAAAUUCUCAUGUUAAGAAUGAGUAGAGAUUGCAAAAUUAUUAAUUUGAGCAAUAACCAAUUAAGGGAAAUGCCACAAGAAAUUAUGAACUUCUUUAUCAAAGGAGAUUUGAUAGGACUAAAUCUUAGUCAUAACAAUAUGACUUCUUUGGCAUCAGUACAGAGAAUAAACAGUAAAAUAGAAGUUUUGUGGAUUGAAGGGAACACGUUUGGCGCCAAUAUGAAUGAAAUGGAAUACAUAAAGGAGAUAACAAAAAAGUUUCCCAGGGUCGUCGAGUUGGAUGGAAUCAAAAUUAAUAACUACGGUAUCACUGUGCCUUUCCACAAACAUUUCAUACUUAACGACGAAUAUGACACCCAGUAUGUAGUAGAAGAAUUUGUGAAACUCUAUUUUGCCCAUUACGAUCAUAAAAAGGGUAGAAAUAUUGAACAUUUCUAUGAUGCAAAAGCUAUAUUUACUUUGUCGGCGAAUUUAAAUGAUAUAGAAAAAGUCUCGAUGCCAAAAAUUUCGAUGUACUCCCGUAAUCUUCACAAACCAAACCAAUCUAACAAUACUAAGAGUUACUUUGGCGUUGAGACGGUCGUUUCUGUCCUACGCGCUUUACCUAGUGGCUCACAUGAUCUGACCAGCUUCAGUGUUGAUAUAAUACAUGACUACGGUCACACCUUAGUGUUAGUAAUAGAUGGACUGUUCAGAGAAGAAGUGAGUGAUCGAUAUUUCAGUUUCAGAAGGACUUUUGUUCUUAAAUAUAACACUAUGAUGGACCACAGACAUUAUUUGAUCACCAACGAAAUGUUCACAAUCUCCUUAGCUCCGAAAGAUUUAAAGGAGUCUUUCCAGGGUCCGACGAGACAUUUAGGCGAAUUAAGAUUAAUAGAGCCCACAACACAGGAACAAGAGUGUAUGAUAAAAAUAUUAAGACAUCUGUCACAUUUGAAAAAACCAGAAGCAGAGUCACGACUGAAGAAACAUAGCUGGGAUCUGCGAGAGUGUCUUGCUGAAUUUAAAACUGAAGUAGAGAUGAAAAGCAUCACUGAUGAUGCGUUUUCAUCAGACGACGACAUACAAUCGUUGAACAGCUCUAUAAUAUAUGAAAUUGAUUAAGAUUACUAAAAGAG